AUGUCGUUAUUAAGGGUCUGUUCAAGGGUACAACUGCCAGUACAACACAACCUACGUUUCCUAGCUGCUGGAAACAGUAGACUAUUUUAUUCAGUGUUAAGUAAUUCCAAGAUAUAUUUCUACGAUAAUGAUUAUUCUGUCGAUUUCAGAGAGCCUCAUGAAUCAGGAAGAAAAGCAGAUGUAAGUGAUUUGAAAAAAAUUGGAGUAGAGUACUAUCAUAUGCCCAAAUUGGAAGACGUGAAUAAGUUUGCCAAAAAUAGAGCUUAUAAGAAUAGGGAUACUAUUGAAUUAAAUUUGAAAACUUUUAAGAAUGAUGAAAAAGCUCUUGUUAGUCAAUUAAAUAUUUUUUUCGAUGAGCAUCUUCAUGAAGAUGAAGAAAUUAGAUAUUGUUUAGAAGGUGAUGGUUAUUUUGAUUUCAGAAGCAACAAGAAUGAUUGGAUCCGUUGUAAGGUAGAAAAGGGAGACUUUCUGGUGGUGCCUGCCGGGAUAUACCACCGUUUCACUUUGACCUCCAGUAAUCAUAUCAAGGCCUUGCGUCUAUUCAAAGAUCAACCCAAGUGGUUGGCUAUAGAAAGAACUAAGGGGGAUCUCACUCCAAUCCGCAAGCAAUAUUUAGAGACUUUCAAUCUUUAA